AUGGCAGCCGGAGCGGUUUCUCUGGCAUUGUCUGCCCAGCUGCUCCAAGCCAGGCUGAUGAAGGAGGAGUCCCCUGUGGUGAGCUGGAGGUUGGAGCCUGAAGAUGGUACAGCUCUGUGA